AUGCCAAAGAACUUUGUCGAAAUAAAGAAGAUGAUUAGAGGUCUUGGGUUGCCGGUUGAAGUUAUCGAUUGUUGUUUCUGCAACUGCAUGAUUUACUGGGGGUCAGACGCGGAUUUAACGCGAUGCAAAAUUUGCGAUCACGAAUGGUGGAAACCGCCCCCUAAAGGAAAUUCUGUGAAAAGACGAGUUAACGUCCCUUAUAGAAAAAUGUUUUAUUUUCCUAUAACUGCGAGACUAGAGAGAUUACUAGGCCUGUGUACUGAUGUGUUUCAACCAUUUGGGGCCUUCGGGCAGAAUUAUUCAUCAUGGCCAGUAAUUUUGACACCCUAUUAUCUCCCUCCAGGGAUGUGUAUGAAAGAUGAGUUCAUGUUUUUAACUGUUAUUGUCCCUGGGCCUCGAAAUCCUAAACACCAAAUGGAUAUUUUUCUGCAGCCGUUGAUAGAUGAGCUGAACCACCUGUGGGAAUUUGGAGUCGAAACAUAUGACGUUCACAGGCGACAAAAUUUCCAAAUGAAAGCGGCACUUAUGUGGACGAUUAAUGAUUUUCCCGUUUAUUCUAUGUUAUCUGGCUGGAGCACAUCUGGGAGACUGGCUUGCCCACACUGCAUGGAAAAUACAGAUGCUUUCACGCUUAAAGGGAGUAGAAAAAAGUCGUGGUUUAAUUGCCACAGAAAGUUCUUGCCUCGUGGUCACAUGUACCAUCGUAAUACUACUGAUUUCCAAAAAGGAAAAAGCUUAAAUAAAGUAUUCGGACAGCCGAAAACCGAAGAAGAAUUGUUGGCAGAAGUGGACCGUUUGGGGUUUAUGAAGGCAUAUAAAAUUGGGGUUGAGACAAAUAAUGCGGCAAAGUUGACAGAUUAUGGUUGGAAUAAAAAAAGCAUUUUCUGGGAUUUUCCGUAUUGGAAAACGAAUCUCAUUCGUCACAAUCUCGAUGUCAUGCACAUUGAGAAAAACGUAUUCGACAACAUUUGCAAUAUUGUACUAAAUGUUCCCGGGAAAACAAAAGACCAUGCAAAAUCUAGAGAAGAGUUGAAUGACAUAUGUGAUCGGCCUAAGUUAGCAAAAGACCCGGUUACGGGGAGAUUUCCUAAGGCGAUAUGUGUCGAUACAGUCGGUCUGAAAAUGCAUGGAAUGAAAAGUCACGACUGCCAUAUUUUUAUACAAAGAUUUCUGCCAAUCGCUCUCCGUGAGCUAUUACCGAAGGAAGUGUGGGAGCCUUUAACAGAGCUGAGUAUCUUCUUUCGUGAGUUAACCUCCACUUCUCUAACAAAGAAAGAUCUAGAUCGUAUGAGGCUGGAAAUCCCAAAGAUAUUAUGCAAGCUGGAACGUAUUUUUCCCCCCAACUUUUUUGACUCAAUGGAACAUCUACCCGUACAUCUUUCGUACGAAGCUAUGAUGGCAGGUCCGAUAUUUGAGAAAACUGAAAAAAAAGUCCGCAAUAAAGGGAGGGUGGAAGGAAGCAUCAGUAAUGGAUACUUGAAUGAAGAAACCGCAAAAUUUGCAGCUUAUUACUUUUUAGAAGGUGACCCAAUGAUAUUUGAGCGGCCGCAAAGGAAUGAAGUUUGUGACAUUGAAGUCGACGACGAUGUUGACAGACUAUCUAUUUUCAAGCCGCAAGGGCAAUCAGUGGGUGCUUGCCGCAAGAGAUAUCUUGAAGAUGCUGAGAUUGUUGCUGCCUGGAUAUAUGUUCUGUUGAAUUGUUCAGAAAUUGAAAAUUACAGAGAGGUUUUCGAAGGCGAGUUGCGCAGAGGAAACCCUGAAAUCAGCACCUCGCAAAUUGAAGUAAAGUUCGAGAGUGACUUUGCCUACUGGUUUCAACAAUAUGUGCAAAAUCCAACUGUCUGUACCAAUCCCUUCAUUCUUAGUCUUACUAAAGGACCUCUUAGAUCAGUUAGAACAUUUAAGGGGUACCGUGUAAACGGAUUCAAGUUUCAGACUCAAGCGUAUGGGGAGGAACAGCUUACGAUGAAUAAUGGAGUCUGCGUGAAGGGAAUUCAAUAUGUCGACAGCGAAAAUGACUUUUAUGGAGUUCUGACACACAUAAUUUAG